AUGGGAAUAACUCUGCCAUCAAAAGGGAAAUCCGGAUGGUGUGGCGAUAUUCUUAUUAUCUCGAAACGAUGUCUUUCGAAUGGAUCUCAUCCUCUUGAAGCGAGGAAUAAUGAAAUUAGGCGGCGUAGCAUUCGUGCAUGCGGCACUUAUAUGGUUGUGCAUGCAAGUUCGCUCGAUGCAGAACGGGCAAUAAGGAGAAAUUUUGUCACAUAUAUUGGACCAUUAAUCAAUUUAAAGAAUUCACUCGGAAUGUUGCUCUUCAUAAAGAAGAAUGAUGGGACAACGUUGACAAUCGACAUGCUUCCACAUGAUAGUAUCGGUGAAUUGCUUAAAGAAAUUGAAGCUGAAUUUGACUGGUCGCAAGAUCGCUUGGCACUAAACAAAGCCAAAUUAUUUUAUCGAGGUAGUUCAACUUUCUGUUGA